UAGUCCUGACUGUGCUCCCAGGUUCUCAGCGCGAGAUGGAAGGUGGCCAGUUUGCCUUCACCUCUGAGAGCGAAGCCCCUGAGCCUUACAGCUCCCGCUUCCCACUGGAGGGGAAGAGCAAUGAGCACCCCACUUCCGAGGCCCUGCGGGUCCUGGAGAGCCCCGCCGUUCUCAUCCAAAGGUAUGUCCCAGAGGCCCCCGAGGAGGAUGAGGAGUCUGAGGGCACCCCGAGGGGGCAGGACCUGAAGGAGGCCUACAUCCAGCUCAUCCAAGGUGUGCAGGAGUGGCAUGACGGCUGUGUCUACCGAGGGGAGUUCGGGCUGGACAUGAAGCUGGGUUAUGGUGAAUUCACGUGGCCCACAGGCGAGGCCUACCGCGGCCAGUUCUUCCGGGACCACCGGCACGGCGUGGGCACCUACACGUGGCCCGACGGCUCCAGCUUCACCGGCAUGUUCUACCUGAGCCGCCGCGACGGCUACGGCACCAUGUUCAUGAAGACCAGGCUCUUCAAGGGGCUGUACAGAGCCGACGAGCGCUUCGGCCCGGGCGUGGAGACCUACCCCGACGGCAGCCAGGACGUGGGGCUGUGGUUCCGGGAGCACCUCAUCAAGCUGUGCUCCGAGCUGCCCAGCAGCUUCUCCCUGCGGGACUACCCCGAGUUCUCGGCCUUCCUCACACAUGCGCCGGCCAGGGUCUGCCUCCUGGAGGACAGGCCGUUCUGGGACCUGAAUGAAGAGCGGGACCCCUUCUUCUACGAGUACAAGCGCUUCCUCCUGGACGACAGCCUGACGCUGCCUCCGGAAAUGCACGUGUACUCCACGGACAACUGCCACCUGCCCGUGCCACACUCGUUCCGCGAGGAGCUGGACUCCCGGAUCUUCGUGAACGACAUCCCUCCGUUCGUCGAGGACGGAGAGCCCUGGUUUAUAACGAACGAGACCCCUUUGCUGGUCAGAAUCCAGAAGCAAGCCUACAAGUUCAGGAACAAGAAGGCACAUACCAGCUGGAACAUGGGUGCCAUCCUGGAGGGGAGGCGCAGAGGCUUCGCUCGCCGCGGGCCCUUGGAGCGGCUUGCCAAGGGCAUGAUCCUGAAGGCUGAGGAAGGGGACUACAACUGGGUUUACGGGAUCCUGAGGGACAGCCUUGCCAGUGCUGAUGUCGCCGACGCGAAAGGCUACACCGCACUUGCCGCGGCUGCUGUUCAUUGUCACGACGACAUCAUCGGCCUGCUCCUGGACUGCGGGGCGGACGUGAACAAGAGCACGGACGAGGGCCUGACGCCGCUCAGCAUGUGCUUCCUGCUGCACUACCCCAGUGCGUGCUUCAAGGCCAACAUCGCCGAGCGGACCGUGCCCGAGCCCCAGGACCCUGCAAAGUCCCUCAUCAUCCGGAACUUGUCGUUCCUGUUCCCGGAAAUGAGUGUGGAGUCGCCCUAUCGCGAGGUCAGAGGACCCUCCCAGGACAGCCCUGAGCCCAAGCAGCUGCUGCAUGUCCUGGGCCGUGAGGACGACGGCCACCUCCGGGGCAUCCGGCCGUCUCUGGAGUCCAUCGCCAAGAAGAGCUCUCACGGGGGCAGCGUGGGCGAGGCAGAGAAGGGACUGGAGGACGUGGCGGAGGACCUGGACAGGAGCUCUCUGUGCAGCAGCGAGACCGACUUCGAGUCCGACAUCUCUGUGUACAACUACUCGGUCGUGCCCUCACGGGGCAUCGUGGAGAAGACUGCUCAGGCCCACAGCCUGCUCAAGGGCUCCUCUCUGGAUGCCACCAGCUCCGACCAAGAGACCGUGAGGAGGCUGGCGCUGUCCAUGACCACACGCAGGAACCGGUGGCUGACCAUCAAGCUGCUGCUGCGCCGGGGUGCCGACCCCAACCUGUGCCGCGUGCCCAUGCAGGUCCUGUUCUUUGCCGUGAAGGCCGCGGACGUGGACGGCGUCAGGCUGCUGCUGGAGAGCAGGGCCAGGACUGACAUCCGCUUCCCGCCGCAGCUGGGGGCCCUGACCCCCCUCCACAUCGCGGCUGCCCUGCCUGGGGAGGAGGGCGUCCAGAUCACAGAGCUGCUACUCCAUGCCAUCACUGACGUGGACGCCCAGGCCGCAGACCAGGACUCCGAGUACAGGGCCGGCAAGCUGGAUCUGCCCUCCUCAAGCUUGAAGCUCAACAACGAACCGGGCCCACCAAGCACCUACUACAGCGCCCGCACAUCCCUCCCACAGGAGGGGGGCCGGACGGCCCUGCACGUGGCCUGCGAGCGGGAGGACGACAGCAAGUGUGCCAGGGACAUAGUGCGGCUCCUCCUGUCCCACAGAGCGAACCCCAACACGCUGUGGAGUGGCCACUCCCCACUCUCCCUGUCCAUCGCCAGCGGGAACGACCUGAUCGUAAAGGAGCUCUUGUCUCGAGGAGCAGACCCCAACCUGCCCCUGACCAAGGGCCUGGGCAGUGCCCUGUGCGUAGCCUGUGACCUGACCUACGAGCACAAGAGGAGCAUCGACGGCAGGCUGGCCCUGAUCGACCGGCUCCUUCAUCAUGGAGCUGACAUCCUAGAGCCUGUGACACUCACCCAGGGGGACAAGGUGGCGGUGGGCACGGCCGUCGACUAUGGAUACUUCAAAUUCUUCCAGGACCGGAAGAUCGCGCACUGUCCCUUCCACGCGCUGAUGCCGGCAGAGCGGGAGACGUUCCUGGCCCGCAAGAGGCUCCUGGAGUACCUGGGCUUCCAGCUACGGCGUGCUGUCCUCGCCAAGGAGAGCCAGUGGGAUGCCAAGAUGCUGUACCUGAGCAAGAGAGCGGAGCUGAUCCCCAGCCACAGGAUGAAAAAGAAGGGCGGUACCCUGCCCAGGGCCCUGGACACAGAGGAGCACGCAGAGGAGCGGGAGCUGGGCCAUGGCUGCUGCAGCAUCCCCUUCUUCAAGUUCUGCUACCAGUGUGGCCGCUCCGUCGGCGUCCGCCUCUCGCCCUGCGCCCACUGCUAUGGCAUCCUGACCUGCGGCAAGUACUGCAAGACCAGAGCCUGGGCCGACUUCCACAGGAAGGACUGUGGCAGCAUCCUGGCCGUCGCAAGGACGCAUUUGUUCCAGAACACCGAAGACUCCCAGAAGCCCCCGAGGCAGCUGCACAGGAAGCCUGUGGUUCUGCUGGUCCGGAAGGGCCCUGUGCACUCCAACUACAGCCAGGAGUGAGCCCAGCCGGCCCCGUCCCCCAGGGCUCAUGGGAGCGGUAGGUGGGCGUGUCCCGGGGGUGAUGUGUGCUCAGUCUCCAAGGAGCUGGCCCUGCUGGAGCCGAGCUCGGGCCACGUCUCCCACGGGCACAGCACCCACCCGUGUGUCUCACACAUGUGGGUCCAGGUGGGGACCAUGGAACACUGCCGGCAGCUGUGGGAGGCAUCUCCCGGGUCAGCAGCCUUCGGUGGCACUGCCCAGCACUAGGCCUCCCUGAGCGCUGCUGUGGGCUCCUCAGCUGAGGGGCCCGGCCCUAGGCCCAGAUGUGUGGCCCCACAGGAGCAGGGAAGCAGAGCAACCUUUGAGGUGAGGGUGGGGAUUAGGGUACACCACCUGGAAUCCCUCUGCUUGAGACAGACCCAGGACACCCCGUCAGGCCUGGGGAAGUUCCCCAACUUGGGUCUCCUGGGGGCCGGACGGUGCCUGUCCAGUGGGCAGAGGUGGAGCUGUGGGCCUCUGAGCUCGGCCUCUCCCCCCUGCACCAGGUGGAGUGCAGACAGGCUGGUGGGGCCGGCUCAGGUGCCAGUGUGUGGGAGGUGGGACUCGGUACAGUUACGGCCUGUGCUGCGUGGGGAGACAGGCGCACACGCAGUCUGCUCAGUGGGUGCAGCCAUCCGUGCUUGCCACCACACACAGAUGCACGCGUGUGUACACGCGCAGUCUGUGUGGCAGCUGUGCAGGGGCAGGCUCAGAGCUCCAGGGAGGCUGUCCUGUGCAGGUCUCCAGCUUUUUAUUCAUACAGACUCAAAACACAUCGCUGUCCCAGGCCAGCGGGGGCCUCAUGGAGGAAGAACACAGCAGGUUUGACCACUGCCCAGCUGGGACUGCGCAGAGCCGCCCCUUCCAGGGGCCUGGGCAUGGGCAUGGGUGCAGGAGGGCCAGGCAGAAUGCUCCUGCCCCAACUAAGUGCCUGCGGAAGGCCACCUGGGGCCAGCUGGCAUGAGUGGGUUGUGGUGGGGCUGUGGGACAGGCUGGGGGUAGGAACACCUGGUCUGCCAGGGACCUGUCUAGUGAGGUGUCAGGGAAGCCUGCCCACUCAGGGACAAAAGCAAGCAGCACUAAGGCCUCCUCAGAGCUGGGGGGCGCUAGGACCCUCCCACCCCUGGGCCGCAGCAGCUUGGCAUCAGUCCCCUGGCAGGGCCACAUUCUAAUGAGACAGCAGCCCCCUGCCCAGGGCAGCGAGGACCCAGGGGGAGCGGCCCUGCCAGCCUGAGUUACACUCUUGGAUCUAGGCCAUGGAGGGUGCCAGGGUCCCAGAGGGACCCCAUGUCCCUCCGGAGCUAUCUGGGACCAUGAACAAGUGUGUGCAUGUCUGAGACAGCCCUUAACAGUCAACACCUGCCCUGCCCCCCACUGGCUGGGUCAGGAAGUGGCCUGGAAGCUCUCAGGCCCGCAGUACCAGGUCACAUUGGCCCUGAGUGGAGUCUCACCGGCUACCCAACUUCCCUGGGGCCAGGUGACAGCCAUGGACGCCCCACAGCAGGCCCUGAUUGUGGCCCUGGGAGUUAGCACCCGAGCCCAGACCAUGUCGUCAUAGCCCUGGUGGGUCCUGGAGCUGGCACCCCACGGCCCGUGCAGGCUUCUUGGGGGCCUGGGGUCGGCUGGCAGGGCCCCAGCAGGAAG